AUUUACUUAAAUCAAAAUUUCCAGACCAUCCUGUCUCAACCUAAACACAUGGAAAAAAGCUUCGUAUAUAGCUUCCUGCAGGACUGGCUUGGCACAGGCUUACUCACCAGCUUCGGAAAAAAAUGGCAUAAAAGGCGCAAACUGCUCACCAAAGCGUUUCACUUUAGCAUCUUGCAACAAUUUUUGAAAAUUUUCAAUGACGAAACUGCGCAUUUAAUCGAACGAGUCGAAAAACUAAAUGCUGAGGGAGAAGAAUUUAUUAAUGUUACUAGACUGGUUACCCAACUGACUCUUCAAUCCAUGAUGGAUACGUCAAUGGGUACAAGCCAAAUAGACACGAACAUCCUACAAAGAUACCGACAAAAUAUUUACAAAAUCGGACAUCUGAUGAUCCAAAGGGUGAUAAAGCCGUGGGCAAACUUACCCAUUAUAUAUUGGCUAACUAAGCGGGGACGCGAACAAAAACUGAUUAUAAAUCAACUACACGAAUUCACUCAUAACGUGAUUAAGCAGAGGGAACGCAAAAUCUUGGGGGAAGAAAUCGAUGUGGGGACCCCCGAUAGUUACUCGGGCAGGAAAUUUAUGAAGAUGUUGGACAUUUUGUUGUACGAGAAGAUUUAUGAAAACGGGAUCGAUUAUGAGGGGAUUAGGGAGGAGGUUGACACGUUUAUGUUUGAGGGGCACGAUACUACCGCUUCUGCCAUUACUUUUUUGUUAAUGUGUCUGGCUGAGUAUCCUCACUUUCAAGUAAGUUAUGAGCUCUUAUAAAAAAUGUUAAUUAUA